AUGGACAGCGGCAACGACGGCAACGACAACGGCGGCGGCGGGAUCCUGGAGGGGUACAGGAUCUGGAUGGGCGCGAGCGUGGUCGCGGCAUUCUUCAUCUCCAUGGAACGGUUCUCCUGCAUUCACAUCCACACCAUGGACGACGAGGAUGACUACGACCCUGAGGAGGCCAAGGAUCGCCCCCUCAUGCUCUCCCGCCCCCAGGCCCUCCCCGAGUACUACUACGACCGAUCCGGGUCCUCCGCCUCCUUCGCCAAGAUGUGA